CAAUACUGCUUGUUCGAUACAAAGCCUAUACUCUCAAAAAAAAAAAAAAAAAAAAACCUAAGCUCUUGAAGAUCGAUCAUUCAACAACAACACGAUGGUUAUGGUUAGAGUUAGAGAUCAUCGAUUCCUUAAUCUCAAGCUGUCUCCUAUACAAGCUCCUACUAUUAUCCCCCCUUACCGCCUCCCCAUCGUAGCCGCUACAAAAGCCUCUGCAACAGUUUCUUCCUGCGCAAGCAACACUUUUUCUAUAGCUAAUUUGGACAGAAUCAAUGUUCUAGGCAGUGGAAACGGAGGAACCGUAUUCAAAGUUAAAGACAAGACAACCUCAGAGAUCUAUGCGUUGAAGAAAGUCAAAGAAAACAUCGAUUCUACUUCCCCCGGCCGCGAGAUCGAAAUCCUUCGCAUGGUCAACUCUCCUUACGUCGUAAAAUGUCACGACAUCUUCCAGAAUCCUUCCGGAGAAGUAUCUAUUCUAAUGGAAUACAUGAAUCUUGGUACGCUCGAGUCUCUAAGCGGUGUUUCAGAGAACCAACUAGCUUUGAUGGCUCGUCAGGUUUUGGAAGGGUUAAACUACUUGCACGAGCACAAGAUCGUACAUAGAGAUAUUAAGCCAGCGAACCUGCUACGUAGCUCGAAAGAAGAAGUCAAAAUCGCUGACUUUGGAGUGAGCAAGAUCGUGGUCAAGUCUUUCAACAAGUGCAACUCGUUCGUCGGCACGUACGCCUACAUGAGUCCUGAGAGACUCGAUAGUGAAGCUGAUGGUGUUACAGAAGAAGACAAAUCAAACGUUUACGCCGGAGAUAUAUGGAGUUUUGGCCUUACGAUGCUCGAGAUCUUGGUGGGUUACUACCCUAUGCUUCCUCAAGGACAGAAACCAGACCAGGCCGCGAUAAUAUGCGCCGUGUGCUUUGGAGAACCACCGAAAGCCCCUGAAGAAUGCUCUACCGAGUUGAAGAGUUUCAUAGACUGCUGUUUACGGAAGAAAGCGAGGGAGAGAUGGACAGCUUCACAGCUUCUCAACCACCCUUUUCUUCUCCACCAAGAAUAGGGUUAGGGCGCUAUCUCCGAAGAUAUUGUAUUUGGAUAAUGAAAACAUUAGAAUCUG